AUGUCGCAAAAAACAGACAUGAAUCCAUCACCUGUCGCUGACGAUCCACGAGACACAUCGGAUCUGGAUCUUACCUGGGACUCAGAUCCAGAUUAUGAUGAAUGCGUGUAUUACCAUGAAGGAAGCGAUCUAUACGCCGAAGAUGUCGAUGGUCAGAUGGCGGUGCUGCCAGAAAUGGUCAAUUACUCUAGAUCACCAUGGGCCUCCCCGAUCGUGGUGAUCAUCAAGAGGAACGGAGUGGAUAUCAGGUUGUGCAUUGAUUAUCGGUUGGUUAACAGCCUAACGCGAGUGAUGAUCUACCCAAUGCCCUUGGUCAACGACUUACUCGAAAAUCCGAAGUCGACACUUUGGUACUGUUCUUUGCAUAUGGCGAGCGGAUUUUGGGUAGUGAAAAUGACGGAUCGAGCUCGUUUGAUCUCGGCUUGUAUCACUCCUUUUGGACUAUUUGAGUGGAAUCGAAUGCCUUUUGGCCUGAAGAAUGCGCCCCAGAUUUAUCAACGCGUGAUCGAUAACGCGCUGUAUGGAUUCAUCCGGAUCCCAAAGUCUGAAGAUCACGGGAGUACUUCGGAUUUAUUUGAGGACGGGGAACCGGUGGAUACAGGCAAGCCUUCG